GGUAAGGAUGCGGAGAGUGCCUCAAUAUCUCCAGUUUUCAAGGUUAAAAACCUUACUUCUGCUGCACAGGCAAUUCACCUCAACUCUUCUGACUCUGCUGUAGUUUGACACUUAUCUCCUAUUUCAAAAAAUAUCCAUUCAUUUGAAGGAAAAUAGUCAAUUAACUCAACAAGCUUUACAAUACGAAUUAUCUUCUGUCCCACUGAGUCUAUUUGAUGAGAAAUGCUGGUUAAGGCAGAAUAAAAAGUCAGAUCUUUACACCAUUCUCACACCAGCAAUUCGGAACCCUGGGUUGUUGAAAAAUUGUCAAUUCGUAGUGGACGGUGGCUGGUUACUGCGCCAAAUCAAUUGGCCGCAUGGAAAAACGUACGCAGAGGUUUUGGAAAUAUACCGGAAAUACAUCACUGAUUAUUUCGGAUAUGAUGCUGUCGUCGUCUUUGACGGCUACAAGAAUGAUAUACUUGGAGUGAAGUCUUAUGAAAGACUGCGCCGUAAGGAGAAAUUUGUCGCAGCUGACGUUGACAUUGCCCUCGAGAAUCCAAUCACAGUGACGAAAGAGAAAUUCUUAUCCAACGUAGUCAACAAAUUCAAAUUAGUCAAACUUCUGUCAACUUAUUUACGCAAUAAAGGCAUUCUGACGAAAGUAGCAGAAGAAGACGCUGAUACACUGAUUGUAAAUACUGCAAUUAACAUGCAAAGUCAUCGAGAACCCACUGAUAAACCGGUAGUAGUCGCCGGUAACGAUGUUGACCUGCUAGUCUUACUCAUUGGCCUGACGCCGAUAGACUCGAAUAUUGAUUUCUAUAAAAUUGUCUCCACCGGCAAGAAGGAAAAAAAGCUUUAUUCAACUCGUGACAACAGACAUUUGCAACCUUUCAUUUUGUUUGCACACGCCUAUGCAGGAUGCGAUACGACAAGUGCUUUUUACAACAAAGGGAAAAAUUCGAUUAUUUCACUGUUACAAAAAGAUCAAACCCUCUGUGACUCUGCAUCAGCCUUUUAUGCCGCGAAUAAAACUAUAGACGAGCUUUACGAUAUUGGCGAGAACAUUCUAAAGCAUCUGUAUGUCACGUCUAACGAAGCAACUCUGUCUCUCAAUGACAUCAGGUAUAAAUUAUUCACCGCAUCAGUAGCUGGUGCCAAAAAGGAUAUACUACCUUCGCUACCACCUACAAGAGGUGCUCUCUUAGAACACAUUAAGAGAGUGUAUUACCAAGUCCAGCAGUGGAAGUCCAAUAAACUAGAUUCACUGCAGUGGGGAUGGGAAAAACUAGAAGGUGAAAACUUCAUCUUAAUACCCAAAAAAACGAGUCUCCUUGCUGCUCCACCUGAAUUGUUAUCCAAGAUAUCUUGCAACUGUGCUUCAAGUAGGAGUACCACAAAGAGAUGUACAUGUACUUGCAACCCACUGUGCAAAAAAUGCCCAAAUGAAGAUGAGUGCUCCAAUUUACCAGUUCAAGAAACAAAUGAGACUCAAGAAGAAAUAGAUUCGGAAGGGGGUGAAGAAGAAGAGAAUGGAGUUUAUGACGAACAAGAAGGAUUCGAAGAAAGAGAUGGAGAGAAAAGUCAAGAAAAGAAUGGCGAUUACGACGCAGAUGAUGAAGAGUUUGAAUACGGCUUUGAUUAUUAUUAAUAUGCACGAGUGUUGCGUCAUUUUUUUUUAUGGAAGUAAUUAUCACUUUUACGAAUUGGUUAUUUGAAUCAUUUUAACUGUUCCUCAGGUGUUUGUUCCACGAAAAGUUCCGAAAACGGAGGAAAAUUUCCCCUCCCAAAUGAUUUAAAUUUACUUGAAUUGAGAACCCCAACGCCCAUUGUCAAUUUUAGAACAGAUUAAAAACUCACAAAAUGUGAUAAACUCUCCAAGAUUUUUUACGCAUGUUAGUAACAAAUUAUGAAUUUGAUUACGUCUGAACUGUAUUAUGCUCGUUGCGUUUGUCCAUUACACUCAAUACCCGGAGGGUUUGGAAUAUUUCAACUGAUGCCAUGUUGAUGAAUUUACGAAUUGAUUUUAUCUAUAACACAUGAAAAUAAUAUUAACUGUAAUGCACUUGACAAUGGCGGCAUUUUCAUUCUGAAUUGGAAUUGAAAAAUAAAUUAAUUUAAGUUAUUAAAAAAAAGAAUUAUUGCCUUGUCCUUGACCUUUAUUUAUGGCCCUUGAGAUCCUUGCAUUUUACUAUCGUGUC